AUGGCUCAGCAAAUAGUUCCAGGAUUCACAAGAAAUGGGCCACAGCGACCGAGAAAUAAUAUAAACAUGGAAAUCGUGCCUGACGCUGAGCUACAAAUGGAAGCUGGAUCAAACAGGGUGACUUAUAUGUGGAUUUACAAUGUCGCAAUGAUCCGAGUGCUAUACAGGACUAGCGAUUCGGAGAGAUAUAUUUCCAGCUUUCGAACUGCUCCAAUCUCACGCGAUCCAUUUACUAUUAAGCAAUAUGUCGACAAGUAUGUUAUCCUAUCACGUGCCAAAGUUGACACAAAUUCUCCUGAAGUGAAGCAAGCGCUCUCAAAUAUGACAUGCAUCCCUUCUGAAGAAAUCUACAAAUGUCUUUUGAACAUGCAAAUCAAUCUUCAUCACAGUAUGAGCAACAGCACUGAUUGGUUUCUCAGAGAUUUGGAGACAUUACGCAGCACCUACCCGCCAGAACUCGCCUUCAAUCGAAUUCGACUACUCGUACUAUGGGAAAUUGAGAUUCAAUUUCUCAUUGUGUAUAUAAAUAGAUGCAGAGCUGAUCAGUUUGCAAUGUUCAACAUUCCUCGACCAAUGCCCCUUCGAGCAAGAGAGGAAUAA